CAAGUCAGGAUGUUGCAGACCGAUAUAUUGUUCAUCUUGAAGAGGUGAACUGUCCUAAUGGCAUGUAUCAGCCUAUCGAUUCUGAAUGUAUUAAUGCAUGCUCAUACAGGCAUAUGGAUGUUGCUGAUAUGGAUGAAAGAUUUGUAUUGAGCUCUAGAGGAGAUAAUAUAAGCCCAACCUAUGUUUACUGUAAUUACAAAAAAGGAUACUUUAACCCUGAUGGAAAGUUCAAUUUGAACUAUGACGAAGAUGUUAUUGUUAUUUCGGAUAUCUGCAUGCAUAUAAACGAAAGUAACCCAUGUAAGAAAGGCAAAUAUCCUCUUCCAGAUGGACUCUGUGUAAGUGAAUGCGAGCAUGGUUUUGACAGAAAUCCUCCUGACUUCCUUUGUAGACCAAUGGGGAGUUCUGUGAAUAUCUCUACUACUACCACUGACAGAACUUUAACACAGGGGACAUCACUUAUCAGCACAACACAAUCGUCAACCGAAGGCAUCAAUACAACUAAUUUUAGAGGAAGGACAAGUAUUAAGACCAUUACUGCAGAUGAUGAAAAUGACAAUAUAACUAAUGAAGCGGUUCCUUGGUGGCAUUAUCUUUUAUAUUGUUGUGUCGGUAUUGUCGUAUUCAGCAUCAUUGGUGCCUGUAUUUAUAAACGGCAGAGCUUAUUGGAGUGUUUGAACAGAAAAAGAAGACGACAUGACCACACCGUCAAUUAUAAAUUUGAGAAAGUAGACACUGUUAACAUUUGCAACUGUGCUGAACCUCACGUACCGGGUUUCUAAUGAGCAGAAUAACAAAUUGUAAUUAUAGCCAAAGCAAUUACACGAACAACAAGGACAAACCAAACCAUUGUGAACAAGGACUUCUUGUUGAUUCUAUCAAUCUUAUCAGCUCAAGAACUUUUGUUUUAAAUUACUGUUAUUUACAAUAUAGAUAUCGGUACAUACUAGCAGCUGUGUAUUUAUGAAUGAACAUUUAAUAAAUGUGAUAACUUUGCCAUAUUAUAUUCCUUGUAUAAGAACAACGAAAUCAUUUAAUGUCAGGUGUUUAAGCUAAUGAAGAAUGUGCCUUAGAAAACAGGUUUGAAGUAACACACGGGCUACACAUGGUGAUAAUCUUUCUAUUUUUUAUUUACUCAUAUAAUGGUUUUUACUAAGUAAUUUAAUCCCACACUCACUGUUAGAAAAUUUAAAUUGUUAAUUAAAAGCCCUUAACAUUCGAUGUUCACAAAUAAAUCUUAGAAAGUAAUAUUGUAUAAGAGAUAGAAAGAAACUUUUAUUAAUAAGAUAUUUUGCUUUUAAUGUGUUGUUCCUCAUCAUUCGGUAACUGUGAAGCUUAAUAGAACUAUGACUUGAGUACAUUGGCACUUGUUACUUCUUAGUUUAAAAGUAAAUCUUAUAAAACAUAUUUAAUAUACAAUGUAUUUUUAUCUAUCUAUGUAAAAUUGCAUACGUAUAAAAAUGUAUCUGAUUGCUUGGGAUUGUGUAUGUUUUUAUUUAUAGUAUCUUCCCUUGUGUUUUCUAAAGACACAAUGCAACCUUUUACAAUUAGCUCACUUGUUUUAUUAUCUUUUACUUCGAAAUGAUGACUUAUUAUCAUUACAUUAAAGGGGAAAUAAUCUCAAUAUGUGUUGUCAAUUUUAAUUAUUCGGUCAUGUCUCUUUUUCUGUGUGUAAUGUAUAUGAUCUUUUAUUAUUUUGACUUUUAUAAGAUGAAUGUAAUUAUUUGGUCUACUUUAAAUCGUAAUUUUAUUGUAUGGUAUAUUUUCUGUAACGACAAGGGCAUGUUAGCCUAUACUAGAGAGUAGUUUUAUAUGGAAUUGUAAAACACAUUUUUUCUUCUUGUAUGUCUUCCUGACCCUCAUCAAUGUGAUAUUAAUGAGCACAGUUAGUUUUAUGAAGAGAGUACCUUUAUUUUGAUACCAUAUUUGAAUAUUCAAUUUUUGAAAAAUAAACCUUUAGAUCUACAGAAAGAUAUUUGUUUUUGAGAUUUAGCAUUUUUGUAUGCGCCAUUCUAAUUUAUGUGUAUUAA